CUCUCUCUGAGCUACCCAUUUUGCUUUCAUUUACUCCUUCCAUGUCGCUUUCACUUGCUGCUGUUAAGGUCUAGCGAUUGCUUCUUCUACACUCACUCUCUCUCUCUCUGUCUCUCUCUGUGCGCUUAGCUUUCCGUAGCUCUCCCACCAAAACCUAAACUUAACUCCAAAUCCAACUCAUCCAUCAUUAUUUUAAUCACCAUUUCCCCCAUUUUGCGCUUUUAAUAAUUGCGCUCUCUCUCUAGAGUUCCUACAAAUCUCAUUUUAGGAAGGGGAGGGGGGGAGCGGAGAGGUUGGGGAGGAUCAUGGAAUUGGAGAAUAUGGCAACGCCGAUGACCUUUGACGAGGUCUCCAUGGAGCGCAGCAAGAACUUCGUCAAAGCCCUACAGGAGCUCAAGAAUUUAAGGCCUCAACUCUAUUCUGCUGCAGAGUAUUGUGAGAAAUCUUAUCUUCGUAGUGAACAGAAACAGAUGGUCCUUGAUAAUCUGAAAGAUUAUGCUGUACGGGCCCUUGUGAAUGCUGUUGACCACCUUGGCACUGUAGCAUACAAGUUAACUGAUCUUCUUGAACAACAAACUUUAGAUGUUUCAUCCAUGGAGCUUAAGGUUUCAUGUCUGGAUCAGCAACUACUAACAUGUCAAACAUACAUGGACAAAGAAGGUCUGAGGCAACAGCAGUUAUUAGCAUUUAUCCCAAGGCAUCACAAGCGUUAUAUUUUGCCAAAUUCUGCUAACAAGAAGGUACACUUCAGCCCACGUAUACAGACAGAUGCUAGACAAAAUCAUAUUCAAACAAGGCCUCAUCUUUAUCCUCCAGGCAAUCCUUCUCCAAAAACUCUUUCUUGGCAUUUGGCAUCAGAAACUAAGUCAACCUUAAAAUCCACCCCACAUGCUUCGACAAGAAGUGAGGAUCCAAAAUCAAUGGGAAAAAAAUCUGGGGCCUUCCACUUGCUGGAUGCUGAAGAGAGUAGCCCGGCAAAAUCUGCAGCAUCUUGUCUGCAUGUACAUGGUAUAGGGUCUGCUUCAAGUGCAGCUAUGCAAACAUUUAGUGCGGCACGGAGGAAUUCUCUAGAGGGCAACAAACCAUUGACAGCCUUCAGGUCAUUUGACAAGCCAAACGGGCAACAGAUUAUUCGUGCACCAGCCCGCAGCAAGAGCUUGCUGUCAACUUUCUUUGUGAAGCAGAAGACAUCCAAACUGAAGAAAAUCUCAUGAACCCUUACUCAAGCAAGUCAACCACGCUAUCAACAAACUGUGCCACCCAUUACAAUAUGUAAGUGAAGGCUUGUAGUUUGUCUCAGAUGCUCCUUGAUGACGACCUUUUCACUCGAUGUGCUCUCAUUAACUGCUCACUAAUCAUCCUCACCUAUUGGAUUUUUCCUUCUUGCCCUUAACAACAAUCAGAAGUGCAUUGCAGUCUAGGAAUGACCUUAAUCCUGCUUCUCCAGGGAAUGACUCAGAUCAUGGCUGCAUAAAGAGUCAGGUGCUAAGUUUUUGAUUUCGAUUUCAAUGUUGAAUUCCAUCUUCUUGUCAUGUAUAUAUGUCUAAACUAGCUGGCAUUCUUGUUGUAAAGAUGGUUUAAUAUACUAGUCCAACCCACCGGGAAAUCUUCUUGUAAAGAUUGUCUAUGUCAAUUGGACUUUGAACUUUGAUGA